GCUUAAUGCCGCGUAGUUUGGGGAGUCUAGUGAGUUGAGGGCCGAACGCCCAACAAAGCCAGAGACAAGCCAAUAUUGCCAGUCAAGAGCAAGCAUCACCCGCUCCUGGCAUUGCUUGGCUUGUCUCUGGCUUUGUUCCCUCUAUUCUGGCUUAUGCGGCUGAAGUUCAUCGCGACAUGUCUUCUCUGGCUGCACGCCCAUGCGGUACGGCCGUCCUUGAGCGUGCGCAGGUUGAACGGCACCCUUGCGCAAGAUGAGGAGGUGAUCCUUGAUGCACGGGCGCCGAACGAAUCGGAGACUUGUGAGCAAUGCCAGGGAGUUCUGAUGAACUAUCUCACGGUGCUCCAGACGACCACAAGGCCGCGCGUGACUGGGGCAGCCCUGAUCCUAGCGGCGACGUUUCUGACGUGGCUCAUGGUAGACACGGCGCAGCUCUUUUUCCUACCCGCCCUGCUCUACUGGAGCCGGCGCAUGCACCUGUCGCCUGAGAUGGCGGCAGCAACUCUGCUUGCCUUGGGAAACGGUGCGCCUGAUGCAGCCGAUGCCGUGGCUGCCGCACAACUUCAAGAUUUGCCGUUGGGUCUCAGCGACCUCACAGGCUCCAACCUUUGCAGCCUGACCAUCAACAAUGCGUUGGUCCUCUUGAUUGCCUACCUGGCCACAAGAAACGGGGAGAAGCUGACUACCCUCUCAAAGCCAGGACACUACCAGGUGCUGCUUGUAUUCUACUGCGCUGCAAUCGUCCUGCUGAUCUUUGGCCUGCGCAAGGCGGUUGUGAACUUCUGGGUGGGUUGCGCGCUGCCCGCCCUUUACGCCGUGUACGUGCUUUGGUUGGCCUUUGUCAACGCAGAGGAGAACGAUAAUAUCAGCAGAGCGAGGAGACGAAGUUCAGUCACAGACGUUGCUAUGGAAAACGCAUUGGCCUGCCUCAGCCCUCCAACCGAGAGCACCGAGAUGCUGCCAUGGCUUCUGAUGCUGCCUUUCACUGUGCUUCGACUGGCCUGCAUUCCGCCCUGUGAUCUACGCUGGGAUAUGAGCCGCCGCUUUCUCCACGCCGUGUGCCCAAUAGGCAACUAUGUGGUUUGCCUCAUGGCGGGCUAUCUUGACCUGCCUUCAGUGAAGGAAGGGGUGGCCAUCGGCGCAGUUCUUGUGCUUUUGUCAGUGAGCAUCUUUGCGUUUGGCGCGAAGCCUACAGUCUACAAGGGCGCGCUUGAGCACCUUCCCUGGUUUUAUACUCUCAUGGCGAUCGUGGCCCUGGUAUCCUCCAUCAUGUGGCUGGGAAUGCUCUCCAGUGAGAUAACUUCCUUACUGGAGGGUGUUUUCCGGCACUUUGAGAUGAACCGACUGCGAUCCGGCUUCACUUUGCUUGCCUGGGGCAACUGUGCUGGGGAUCUGGUGGCUAGCUACAGCUUGGCGGUCAUGGGGAAGUACUCGCUCGCUUUGAAUGGACUGGUGGCGAGCCAAUUCUUCAAUAUGGCAGUCGGCUUCGGAACCUCGCUCAUUCUGGUCACCGCCGAGGACAAGGAGCUGACGGUCUUCGCCCACGGCUGGCCCUUGGCCGUCCGGGAUCCCUUGCUGGCCUGCGCGGUUGCUCUGGCCAUGACCGUGGCCACGCUGGCUGUGUUCAGUAUCAGGGACGUCCACGUUCAGAGCCCGAUGUGGGCCAUUGUGUUGGGCACCAUCUACAUGGUGUUCCUGAUUUACAUGUGGGUGAACACCAGGGUAGAUGCGCCGCUCCAAAUUGGCGCUGAUUAGGCGGGUGGCCUUGAGCAUGUUUUACCACCGACCAGAUCAGCGAGAGAAAGAUAUCAAAGAGGACAGG